AUGGCAGUUGCAGCAGCGGGUCCUGUGCUCACAUUCAAUCCCAAGGAGAACGAGUGGGAAGUUUUCUUCAAAAGGUUAGAGCAGUAUUUUAUAGUACACGGGGUCACUGAAGAAGCUGACAAGAGAGCUCAUUUGCUGUAUAGUUUGUCUGAGGAGGCGUAUAUUUUAUUAGAAAAUUUAUGUAUGCCGCAAAAGCCGGAAGAAACCCCAUACCAAGACAUAGUUCAGUUAUUGUCUAACUACUAUGGUAAAACUGCUGUUGUAUGGGUCGAAAGGCAGAAGUUUUAUAGUGCAUCCAAAUCAGGAAAUGAGACGGCACUAGAAUGGAGUGUACGACUUAAAGGUUUAGCUCGCUAUAAUUUUGGUCAGCAGCUUGAGUCCAAGCUAACGGACAUUUUUGUUCGCAGUUCAAUCCUGGGAAGGUGA